AUGGCGCCUCUGAGCCAGCUGAGUGGCCACAUCAACUCCACCUGUGGGGCAGAGAACUCCACGGGGGCCAGCCGAGCCCGCCCACAUGCCUACUAUGCCCUCUCCUACUGCGUGCUCAUCCUGGCCAUCGUUUUCGGCAAUGGUCUGGUAUGUGUGGCAGUGCUGAGGGAACGGGCUUUGCAAACCACCACCAACUACCUGGUGGUGAGCCUGGCCGUGGCGGACCUGCUGGUGGCCACCUUGGUGAUGCCCUGGGUGGUGUACCUGGAGGUAACAGGUGGAGUCUGGACUUUCAGCCGAAUUUGCUGUGAUGUUUUCGUCACCCUGGAUGUCAUGAUGUGUACAGCCAGCAUCCUGAACCUCUGCGCCAUCAGCAUCGACAGGUACACUGCAGUGGUCAUGCCAGUCCACUACCAACAUGGCACAGGACAGAGCUCCUGUCGGCGUGUGGCCCUCAUGAUUACAGCUGUGUGGGUACUAGCCUUUGCCGUGUCUUGCCCUCUCCUCUUUGGCUUCAACACCACAGGAGACCCCACCGUCUGCUCCAUCUCCAACCCUGAUUUUGUCAUCUACUCUUCAGUGGUGUCCUUCUACCUGCCCUUUGGAGUGACGGUCCUUGUCUAUGCCAGGAUCUAUGUGGUGUUGAGACAGAGGAGACGGAAACGGAUCCUCACUCGACAGAACAGUCAGUGCAUCAGUGUCAGACCUAGCUUCCCACAACAAUCUUCCUGUCUGAGGCUGCACCCCAUUCGGCAGUUUUCAAUAAGGGACAGAUUUCCAUCAGAUGCCACGAGGCAAAUGGAACAUUCAGAAGGUAAACAGUGUCCCCAGGAGUCUCAGGACCCUCUCUUGUCCCACCUGCAGCCACUAUCCCCUGGCCGGGCACACCUGGAGCUGAAGCGCUACUACAGCAUCUGCCAAGAUACUGCCUUGGGGCAACCAGGCUUCCAAGAAGCAGGAGGAGAGUUGAAAAGGGAGGGGAGGACUCAGAACUCCCUCAGCCCCACCAUGGCACCCAAGCUCAGCUUAGAGGUUCGAAAACUCAGUAACGGCAGGUUGUCGACAUCUCUAAAGUUGGGGCCCUUGCAAUCCCGUGGAGUGCCACUUCGGGAGAAAAAGGCCACCCAGAUGUUGGCCAUUGUGCUUGGGACCUUCAUUGUCUGCUGGCUGCCCUUCUUUUUGACCCACGUUCUCAAUACCCACUGCCAAGUCUGCCAUGUGUCCCCAGAGCUUUACAGCGCCACCACGUGGCUGGGCUACGUGAACAGUGCCCUCAACCCUGUGAUCUAUACCACCUUCAAUGUUGAGUUCCGUAAAGCUUUCCUCAAGAUCCUGUCUUGCUGAAGGAGAGGAGAACAUACUCGCUGUGGCCACCUUUAGCUACCAGGCCACUGGGCAACUGGCCAGGGCCUGCUGAGAAAGACUGUGCUAUGUUCUCUGGCAUGGGGUAGGAAGAUUCCUGGAGCCAGGACAUCCCUGAGUAGCAGGUGUAACCAACUGCUUCUUCCUAAAUAGAAUGUUCUACCUCCCCAGCUAAAACUCUGACUUCGUCUUGUAAAUCUUCAAGUGCUUGGGAGGUCCCUGAAUGAUAAGCAAUAAUUCAGAGAGAAGCUGAUAAAACGUGACUCGACUCUACACACACACACACACACACACACACACACACACACACACCAAAUUGUCAUCUGAGGCAUGAUUCAUCACAGUGAAGGAAAAAUGAACAGAUCUCAUAAUUGUCAACUCGCCAGGGGUCCUUGAAAUCUCAGCCAGUAAACCAUCUUGCAAAACAGCCAGUCUCUCUUCCUUCGAGCCUAUAAUUAAACUAUCAGGCUGACCCUGUACUUUUGUGGGCCAACACCCUUUUGAUCAUUCUUUUGGUUCAUUGUAUCCUGAACUAUAAGGACAAGGCCAGUGCUUCUACCUCUCUGUAGAAUCUGGCUGCAUUUGGUGAGGAAAAUUCCUCGCCCUGAGGAAGACAUUGUCCCACAUUGGGACAUGGGCUUCCUUUCAAACCUUGUUACCCCUGUAUUGUAGCUCUAGCUAAGAAGACCCUUUGACUCCAUUCCCAUAAUCCCAGAGACUCAACCUCAGAGUAAUUCAGGAUGAGGUUGUUAAGUGGAAAAGGAAUGAUGGCUCUCACUGUAGUAUCACUUUAAACCAUGCAGUUCAUAACAUGCCUCAGAUAUGCUUUUCAUAAUGCUAUAAACUUUUUAUUCCCAGGCAUCAUCUCCUGCUUAACAGAGACCCAAUACUUUCAGACCCUAAACCCAGUAAGUCCUAAGUGUCUACAAAGUGCCGGUCACCUCCCAGGCUCUGGAUAUAUGACAAUGAAUAAAACAGCUCCUGCCCUCAAGGAUCCCACCACCUGCUCCUAUGUUUGUUCAUUUGUGAGCAUGGAAGAGACUCCCCUAGACUGCCAGUAGACCUCAGAACUGAGGGCACCAGGCAUGUAGCUGUCCAAAGACAGCACACGGACAGUCUUUAUAAAGGCCUAGUGCAGAAUCUGAACGUGACCACUCCAACAACUGAAAUUAAAGGCAUUAUAAAAAUAAUGUGUCGAUGUCAUUCAAAAUUGCAU